UUUACUUCUCACAGUAAUGCUUCCAAAUUCCUUGUGAUCAAUCCGCAGUGAUGGAGUCGAGGAUCGGCAGUGGUGCAGGUCCGCCAAACACCAUUAUGAUCCAGCUGGUGUCCCAGCCACCGACCUCCAGCGGACAGAUGCAGGCCAUGCCCAUCUCGGUGCAGGCGAUUCCCUUGUUUCCCGGCAACAGAAAGGCAGGGGAGCAGCCCCCGCGGUCGGAUUCCAUAUCCCCGAAUAUGAGAGCUCCGGCGGAGGCUCCUCCCCGAAUGCAUCCAAGAAUCCGGCCCGAGAUGUGCGCUCCACCCAAACGGAAGUCGUCGCAGAGCCAGCUCAGGGGCUCCUGCCCUCGAUAUUCCUCCAGUGGAGCUAGCCAGCCAACUGUGCGCUAUGUGGUCCGUCCAGAGGACCGGAUCAUCCCCAUCUACAUUCCCGUACCUCGCGCUACCAGCAACUGCUUUAGCAAUGUGCCGGGUGGGCGGAUGGAGAGGGAGUGUCCGUGCUGUGGACGUGGCGGUACUUUAAAUAUUCCAGAAGGUCAAAUUCCUCAGGUUCCCCCAAAACAAAUGGAGCCCCCUGGUCGCCGAGAUCAGGCCACUAAUACCAAUGACCAACCGGAUCUUGCGGACCUCAGGACGAUCUGCGAAACCUUGGGACGUGCGAUGAUGGCUGCGGCCACGGCAGCCGUGGAAUCAGCCCACAAUUACCAGUUGGAAAAACGCAUGAGUAUCAGUAGAAGCAGUGGUCCUGAUCCCAAGGACCCGACCAAUAUUAUGUUCCAAAUGCUAUCCCAAUUGGGAGAACAGGAGUCACCCACACCAACCAAGCAGGAACAGUCAGAAGUAGAGAUUCCAGUUGGUGAAAACCCGUCCUCUGGUGAGAAAAGGAUUUCGCACGAUCCACCUGGCCGAUCGCAAAAAGCCAGCUUCUCGGAAACUGUACUCGUAGGAACAAAGAUCCCUGCUGAUGAAUCUCCUUCAAAGGAGUGGAUUGUUGAACAGAGGCUGCCUUCACUACUAUCUGAUGGUCGCUUCCACGUCGAAUAUCCCAGAACUCCCAGACCAACACCGGUAUCUGCUCGGGGAUCUGUGAACACGGGGUCUAUUGUGUCGUCGGAUCAAUCCCGACUCCUUUCCGGCUCCUGGACAAAUGAGGGGACCCUUGUCAAGAAUAGCAAUAUAUUCCGUCUGUGCCAGCGAGCUGGUCUUGUUCCAGCGAAACAAUGGAACUCCAAAUUGACUGCACGGAAGUCCUUGGGCGCCAAUCAAGCCUCAGCAUUGAUUGCAGUCAAAGGACUCCGGAGUCCCUCGAUUAGGAGAAGGUUUCCCACGGAAAAGCUCCCAACAGUCAAAGGUCCGGAAACAUGUGGUCCAACGUCCCCCAACUCUAGCCUCCCUGUAGAAAAACAGCCAAAGGAUCCGAGUGGAACCACACUCGUAAAUCCAUUGUAACAAUCCAAAAAACCAGUUCUUUGUAAGGCAAAAUUGAAAAUCCUUCGAUCAAAACAUGUGCAUAGCCAAUAAACGCAGUUUAAAAAAUAAAUAAAAUAAUUAACAGA